CUUCUUUAAACCUUACCCUCUCUCUGAACCCGACCUUCGCCUCCGGCUCUAAAGCUCUGGUUAUCCUCCAGCGACCGGAGACCGCUAACUCCGGGGAAUUUCACUGACAGAUUCACUGGUAUUACAAACAUUUGAAAUAUGACGAUCAGAAGCUAUGCUGGCAUUACAAAACCUGGAUUUUUGCUUGUACAUUCAGAGUUACCUACUCUUUCUCUCCUCAAGCCCAAGUUAACUUCUUUAUCAACUCUUAAGGUACCAGGUAACCACGAGAGAAGAAUAGGGUUGAUUACAAGAUUUCAGUGCUCUGUUGCUGAUAGAACAUUUGCAUCUAGUUCUGUUGAUUCAUCAGUGUCCAAGCCAGGUGCCACCCAUUUGGGUCGGAAACAAGGAGGUUUCUCAUCACUGUAUAGUCGUCCUAGUUUAUCAGAAAUGAAAAAUGAGAAAAUUGCAAAUCGUGCAAGGGUUUAUGAGUUCUUGCGAGGAAUUGGCAUCGUUCCUGAUGAGCUUGACGGCUUGGAGCUUCCUGUGACAGCUGAGGUUAUGAGGGAACGUGUUGAUUUUCUUCACAAAUUAGGGCUUACCGUUGAAGACAUUAACAACUAUCCUCUUGUUCUUGGCUGCAGUGUAAAGAAAAAUAUGGUCCCUGUUCUUGAUUAUCUUGGAAAAUUGGGUGUUAGGAAAUCCACUUUCACUGAUUUCUUGAGAAGAUACCCACAAGUUCUCCAUGCUAGUGUUGUUGUUGACCUUGCACCAGUGGUUGCGUAUCUUCAAGGGAUGGAUAUCAAGCCAAAUGAUAUUCCUCGUGUUCUUGAGAGAUAUCCAGAAGUAUUGGGAUUCAAGCUUGAGGGGACCAUGAGCACAUCAGUGGCCUAUUUGGUUGGAAUUGGCGUUGCAAGAAGAGAAAUUGGUGGGGUUUUAACUAGAUACCCUGAGAUUUUAGGCAUGCGAGUAGGCAGGGUGAUCAAACCUUUCGUGGAGUAUCUGGAAAGCUUGGGCAUACCAAGAUUAGCUGUGGCUAGACUGAUAGAGAAGCAGCCUCAUAUCCUAGGGUUUGGGUUGGAGGAGAGGGUAAAACCAAAUGUCAAAUCCCUUUUAGAGUUUAAUGUUAGAGAAGCAUUACUUCCUUCUGUAGUAGCACAGUAUCCUGAGAUUAUAGGACUUGACUUGAAGCCGAAGCUUGUCAGUCAACAGAGUUUGCUAAAUUCGAUUAUUGAUGUCGGUCCUGAGGAUUUUGGCAGAGUUGUUGAGAAGAUGCCACAGGUUGUUAGUCUCAGUAGUACACCUGCGAGAAGGCAUGUGGAUUUUCUAAAGAAUUGUGGAUUCUCCUUGCAACAAGUGAGGAAGAUGGUGGUGUACUGUCCCCAACUGCUUGCUUUGAAUCUCAACAUCAUGAAACUUAACUUUGAUUACUUUCAAAUGGAGAUGAAAAGGCCUCUGGAUGACUUGGUUAUGUUCCCUGCAUUCUUUACUUUUGGUCUGGAGUCCACCAUAAAACCGAGACACAGGAUGGUUGCAAAGAAGGGGUUAAAAUGUUCUCUAGCAUGGCUUCUUAAUUGCUCUGAUGAGAAGUUUGAGGAACGGAUGAGCUACGACACUAUUGACAUGGAGGAGAUGGAAACAGAGCCAUCAUUUGACAUGAAUACACUAAUGGAACCAAGGAGUGAUGAGUCAACUUCUGAUUACGAUGAGGACAGUGACGAUGACUAUGUGUAGAAUCAGGUGUCAGCUUCAGCCAAUGGUGUGAUGUGGAAAAUCUUGGCUUUCACAAACUGGAUCUUCGUGCUGACUGUUUAAAUGCAAUAUUAAAAUGCCAGAUGCAGAUGGAACCUUGCUGCUUCUGAUGGCAUUCGUUGUCUUCGUGAUGUGUAUAGGUUUUGUUUGGAAAGCUGGAGGAUCCUGAUGGGUGGAUACCGUAAUACAAUGAAUACUAUAUCUGUUGUCUUCAUCCUUUUCUUUACUAGUAUGGUGUGUAUCUCCCUUUAGAGCAGAGGUCCUUUUAAAGGUUAGCUACUAUGUUGUACAUGUAGAGAAACAUCUUGCAACUUUUGACCCGUUGUUUCUGUUAGAAUUUCAGUAUCAGUUCUGAAUUUCAAUGAAUCUAGUGUUUUCAGAUAUUAA